GAGAGAGGAGCCCCCGCCUGAGAGUCCAGGAAGCACGACAUGGGACCAGACAACCUCACCCUGAGACGUGGACAGACACAGAGAUGGACUGACCAGCCAUGAACCCGGGCCGGCGUGCCCCUGCCUGCUGCUGCCUGAGGCUUGUGACAUGUCGGACCCUGAGAUGGGAUGGGUGCCUGAGCCCCCAGCCAUGACGCUGGGGGCCUCGCGGGUGGAGCUGCGGGUGUCCUGCCAUGGCCUCUUGGACCGAGACACACUCACCAAGCCCCACCCCUGCGUGCUGCUCAAGCUCUACUCGGAUGAGCAGUGGGUGGAGGUGGAACGCACCGAGGUGCUGCGCUCCUGCUCCAGCCCUGUCUUUUCCCGAGUGCUGGCCCUGGAGUACUUUUUUGAGGAGAAGCAGCCCCUGCAGUUCCACGUAUUUGACGCUGAGGAUGGAGCCACCAGCCCCCGCAAUGACACCUUCCUUGGCUCUACGGAGUGCACCUUGGGCCAGAUUGUGUCACAAACCAAGGUCAUUAAGCCACUCCUGCUGAAGAAUGGGAAGACUGCGGGCAAGUCCACCAUCACGAUCGUGGCCGAGGAGGUAUCUGGCACCAACGACUAUGUGCAACUCACCUUCAGAGCCCACAAACUGGAUAAUAAGGAUCUGUUCAGCAAGUCUGACCCCUUCAUGGAGAUCUAUAAGACCAAUGGGGACCAGAACGACCAGCUGGUCUGGAGGACCGAGGUGGUGAAGAAUAACCUGAACCCCAGCUGGGAGCCGUUCCGCCUGUCCCUGCACUCUCUGUGCAGCUGUGACGUCCGCCGGCCUCUCAAGUUCCUGGUAUAUGACUAUGACUCGAGUGGGAAGCAUGACUUCAUCGGCGAGUUCACCAGCUCCUUCCAGGAGAUGCAGGAAGGGACAGCAAACUCAGAGCAGGAGAUGCAGUGGGACUGUAUCAACCCCAAGUACCGGGACAAGAAGAAGAAUUACAAGAGUUCAGGGACCGUGGUGCUGACCCAGUGCACGGUGGAGAAAGUACAUACCUUCCUGGAUUACAUCAUGGGUGGCUGCCAGAUCAGCUUCACGGUGGCCAUCGACUUCACCGCCUCCAAUGGUGACCCAAGGAGCAGCCAGUCCCUACACUGCCUCAGCCCCCGCCAGCCCAACCACUACCUGCAGGCCCUGCGUGCGGUGGGGGGCAUCUGCCAGGACUACGAUAGUGACAAGAGGUUCCCAGCAUUUGGCUUUGGGGCUCGAAUCCCCCCCAACUUCGAGGUGUCCCAUGACUUUGCUAUCAAUUUUGAUCCGGAAAAUCCUGAAUGUGAAGAGAUCUCCGGGGUCAUUGCCUCCUACCGUCGCUGCCUGCCCCAGAUCCAGCUCUACGGUCCCACCAACGUGGCCCCCAUCAUCAACCGCGUGGCUGGGCCCGCCCAGCGGGAGCAGAGCACCGGCCAAGCCACGAAGUACUCGGUGCUGCUGGUGCUCACCGACGGCGUGGUGAGCGACAUGGCGGAGACCCGCGCCGCCAUCGUGCGCGCCUCGCGCCUGCCCAUGUCCAUCAUCAUCGUGGGCGUGGGCAAUGCCGACUUUUCCGACAUGCGGCUGCUGGACGGCGAUGACGGUACUUUGCGCUGUCCCCGAGGGGUGCCUGCGGCCCGCGACAUCGUCCAGUUCGUGCCCUUCCGGGACUUCAAGGAUACCCCACCCUCAGCGCUCGCUAAGUGCGUCCUGGCCGAGGUGCCCCGGCAGGUGGUGGAAUACUACGCCAGCCAGGGCAUCAGCCCCGGAGCUCCCAGGCCCUGCACGCCCGCCACGACCCCCAGCCCUAGCCCGUGACUGCCACCCACCAGACCGACACUCCCUCAGCCUCUCAGUGCCUGUCCUGACCCUUGUGACUCAAGUGACCAGUGCCUCCCACCCUUGGGCCAGCUGUGCCUCCCCUCCCCUCCCCGCCCCGGUCCCGGAAGUGAGUGGUGGAGUGCCCCCAUCUCUCAAGGCCCCAAGCCCCUCAGUCCUAUGGCCCCUUGGUGACUUCCUUCAGUGAUCCUGACUUUCCUUCUGGCUGUUAAUAAAGGGAACCAUUCUAAGCA